UAACACAUUUGAUCAGAAAAUAUACGUUAUAUUUAUAUUACUUCAUUGAAAGUAACAUAUUACUCACAGUUUUAUGUAUAAUUUAAAUUUGAACAAUCUCGACAAGAAAAAGACUAAAAAGUGAGAUCUGUAUUUACUAAGAUGCGAUCUAGAAUUCAGGUCAAACAUGUUACAGAACACAUGAAAUAUUUGGAAGAGCAGAUACAAACUAUUGAACCUGCCCUUAAAGCUAUGAAAAUUGCAGUAGAAAAAAGUAAGACUUGGAUAGAAGAUAAAAAUGACAAGCCAUCUGUCACAUACAUGGAGUUGUACCAGGAACUUGAAUCAGCGACGAUGGCCUUGUUAGAUGCAACGUCACAAAUAAUAGAUGAGAAUCAAGAACACAUAGAUGUCGAUAAAGGAACGCCAUCUUUUUCUAAGCCUACACCACAAACUACAGCAACAGAAGAACUCGAACAUAGUGAAUCAACACAUCAAGUUACUAAACAUGUUCUACAAAUAUCGGAAAUAUUGAGUCGACUUGAGCAGAUAGAGUCAGCCUUAUCUUCUCUACAAGAUGCCAAUGACAAGUCUACAGAUGACAUAUCAGAAAUAAAACAAUGGAGAGACAACUUUGUAACAGAACAGAGUGACAUGGGGGUAAACAUUGAACAACUGACUAAAAAACAAAAGCAGAAUUUUAAAAAUCUCAGAAAACAAAUUCACGAACAAGAUAACAAAGUAAAGGAGCUGAACAAAGAAAUUGAAAAUUUAAAAGAAAAAGAAUCCAAGUCAAACAAAACACUAGAGAGACUGUCUCAAGAUAUGAAGGAAUAUGAAAACUACUUACAAAAAAUAAAUAAAGAGAUGCAAGAUCACGCAGACAUGACAGAUAGUAUAACUCAAGAAAUGAAAAGACAUUCAGAUCAGAUGUCUACCCUACAAGAAGAGAUUUCUAAAAACAUGCUGAAUACAUCAACUCAAUUAGAAAAGUACAUUUUAAUGAACAAGGUCCUACAACAAAGAUUGAUGCCUAUUGACAAACUGAUUAAAAUCUUUAACCAGAAGUUGGAGUCAAGGGAAGAUAGAAUAACGAAGCUGGAGAAUAUUGAAGGUGCUAUUUCAAAAUUGUCCAAAGAUUUGAAUAUUAUAGAGUCACGUGUAUGUAACAGAUAUGCUUGUCAUGUACAGCUUGCUGAUCCCACACCUGUCAGUGUUAGAUCAAUUAUUUCAACAUUUGGUGAAGUACGUGAAUAUAACGGUCAACAUUUUAACCAAACAACAGGAAAAUUUGUAUCACCACAUGAUGGUUUAUAUCUUGUCUGUGUCACUCUACAUGAAUUGGGAGAUACAUGGAUUAAAGUCGCUGUGGUGGCUGGAGGCAGGUGGUGUACGUUUAUAGAAGUGAACUGUGCCGACACUAGCGCUGCUGGAUAUGUAACUGUCAUCAGAACCCUUGAGACAAACCAAAUGAACUUCCACAAAGACGAAUGUUAA